GCGAGCCGGUAGGUGAGCGCGCUGGGCCAGGGGGGACCAGGCGCCGUCGGGCUGCGGGACUCGCGCGACGCCCGCACCAUGAGACCCGAGGCGGCCGCAGCCCGGGAGGCGCAGGGACGCAUCUCCCACUGUCCGGGGGAUGAUCCCGGGAGGCCACCGCUGCCACGCGGGCCAGAAAGUUCCAUUCCAGCCCCGUGGAGACCGUGGAUGUCGCCUCCCAGAGAUGCUGAUCUGACCAGAACUGAACGUCCGCCUUGGGAGGACCAACAAACCUUGGGGUCAAAGGGAGCCUUUGGAUUCCAGCAUCCUGUCAGACUUUACUUGCCCAUUUCAAAGCGUCAAGAAUACCUGCAGAGUUCUGGGGAAAAAGUGCUGGCCAGCUUCCCAGUGCAAGCCACCAUUCAUUUCUACAACGAUGACUCUGAGUCUAGCUCUGAGGAGGAGCAGGAGGAGGAGGCUCAGCCCAACCACCUUCAGUGCCUGGAGGCAGAAGUCAGGGAUUCCGCUCUGGAGGAAAGGGCAGAGUAAGUGGCAAACCUGUGAGACAAAGGAGUGGCCUCUGGAAGGGUAGCUGCCUGCAAACUGAGAGAGCCUCUCUCCUAUGCUGGUCACUGUGUCCCAGGGACAGCCUAGCCUGCCAGGAUUCUUCUCCAGCCUCCUCUGUGGCAAGUUCAGAGGCUGGACUGUGCUCAGUACCUGCUCAGGCCACGAACUCAACUUCUAUUUUCUUGAUGUAUGUAUGUGUGUGUGUGUGUGUCUGUGUCUGUGUAUCUGUCUGUGUGUGUGCACACAUGUGCUCAUGCAUACUUUUGAGGAAGGGUGCCUGAUGAGGUGCUCUCAGGAAGAAGGCCUUUGGAGCUCACUGCCACUCUGAAUGUUACUCAUCCGUAAGUCUCACCACCCCUCUCUUGCCCAGAGACCCAUUAUCUAGUGAUUCUUCCCUUCAUAAAAAUAAUUUAAAUAUUAAUUCAAAUGUUAAGAGUUCAUUUGGUUAUUCAUUUUAAGAGUUUCAUUUGAAUGAAAGUAGCUGUUUGGAAAAAUAUCCUUUUACUUGCCAAAAAAAAAAAAAAAAAAAACCAAAAUUAAAACACUGAAUAAUUUUCACAGGAAUAAGAAGUAAGAAGUUAAGAUCUCUUUAGGGGAUAAAACAGCUGUUUCUGAGAACUGUAUAAGAGCUGUGUGUUUAAGUAUAUAUGUUAUAAGGGGUUAAUUUUUAUUACUUGGUGACCAGCAUGGUCUUGUUAUUUGCAUGAAAUGGCACUAUUUUUAAUUAAAGUUUCUUAUGUGAAAAUUGCUUUGAGUUUUAUCAUUUUGACAAUCCAAGGACUCUGCCAUCAAGGCUCUCCCUAAUUAUCUUACCAGAAUCUGUCUUCCUGUAUAUUCCACCCUGUAUGGAUUUUUACUUGGAAUAAAUAUUUUGAAAG